UUUCUUUUCUUUGUGUGCUCUCGUCUCUGUUCUCCGUUCUCUGUUCUCUGUUCUCUGUUCUUCUUGUAUGAGCACGAAGUGGCAUCGAGAAGUAUGACUCGGAGAGAGGUGGCGCAGCAGACAAGGCAAUAACUAUCUCGAUCUCCUCCUCCACCGCCAUUCUAUGUAUCUCUCCGUCUCCACCGAACUUGUGUAUAUAUCCAACUAAGGUAGGGAAAAAGAAUCGAUACGGAGAAAGAACCGCAUCUUUCUUCCAUUGUUCCUCUGCAUCGCUUCUUCGGACCAAAACCACACGGCUCGCCAGAUCUGAUCCCAGAAUUCGAACCGCGCGAACUGCAUUCCAUCUGGAUAUUUAAUUGAUGAUGGAUCGGCGAAGUUGGCCUUGGAAGAAGAAGUCAUCUGAAAAGGCAGCGACUACAACUGAUUCCUCCACUGCAAUUUCAUCUAGUUCUGGUGGAAAUAAAGUUGAUCAGGAUAGUAAUACUAUUAGCUAUGUACAAAUUUCUGUGGAAUCAUAUGCCCACCUGACUGAAUUGGAAGACCAAGUGAAGACCUUACAAGAAAAAUUAUCUGCAGCACAAACUGAGAUGACAACUAAGGAUAAUCUAGUCAAGCAACAUGCUAAAGUUGCUGAAGAAGCAGUUUCAGGUUGGGAAAAAGCUGAAGCUGAAUCAUCUGCACUGAAAAAUCAACUUGAAUCUGUCACAUUGUUGAAGCUUACUGCUGAAGAACGCGCAUCUCAUCUCGAUGGUGCCCUGAAGGAGUGCAUGAAGCAGAUAAGAAACGUGAAGGAAGAAAGCGAGCAAAAAUUGCAUGAUGUAGUCUUCGCCAAAACUAAGCAAUGGGAAAAAAUGAAGGCAGAGCUAGGAGCAAAGCUAGAUGAUUUUGACCAGGAGCUGCUCAGAGCUUCUGCUGAAAAUGCAGCUCUUUCAAGAUCUCUUCAAGAACGUGCAGAUAUUCUGAUGAAAAUUACUGAUGAGAAGUUGCAAGCUGAUACUGAAAUUGAAGUGCUAAAGGGCAAUAUACUAUCAUGUGAAAAAGAAAUUAAUUCAUUGAAAUAUGAACUACAUGUUGUUUCUAAAGAGCUUGAAAUUCGGAAUGAAGAGAAAAAUAUGAGCGUAAAGUCUGCUGAUGCAGCAAACAAGCAGCACCUGGAGGAUGUCAAGAAAAUAUCAAAACUGGAAGCAGAAUGCCAAAGAUUACGUGGCCUUGUUAGAAAAAAGCUGCCUGGACCCGCUGCAUUAGCACAAAUGAAGCUAGAGGUUGAGAGUUUAGGCCGUGAUCAUGGUGAGAGUAGAUUGCGGCGCUCACCUGCUAAGAAUCUUGGUACUAAUCACAUAUCAACACCGGCUCUGGAUUUUGCCUCUGAAAGCAUUUACACUUUGCAGAAGGAGAAUGAGUUUCUUACAGCACGCUUAUUAGCAACUGAGGAAGAAACGAAAAUGCUAAAAGAGGCUUUAUCAAACCGUAACAGUGAGUUACAGGCUUCAAGAAACAUUUUUGCUAAAACAGCAAGCAAGCUUCGUAGUGUUGAAGCACGGAUGCUGGCUCUGAACCCGCAAAAGUUCUUAUCAAAUCCAAGUUUUGACAUCUCUUCUGAUACCAAUUUGAGCCAAAAUGAAAGUCACCCACCAAGCUUGACCUCAAUGUCUGAAGAUGGAAAUGAUGAAGUAGAAAGUUAUUCUGAACCUUGGGCUACACCAUUAACGUCAGAUCUCUCACAAAUCAAGAAAGAAAAAGGCACUGAAAAGAGUAAGAAUACUGGCAAUUCAAACCAUUUGGAACUUAUGGAUGACUUUCUAGAGAUGGAGAGGUUAGCUUGUUUGUCAACAGAGUCUAAUGGAACAAUGACGAUAUCUGAUGGUGUCCUUGAUAAGCUGAAAACUGUAAAUAAUGAUGGUACUUUGUCGGCUGAUGUUCAAAAGGAUGCUACUAGUAAAGAGCAACAUCUGGCAUCAGAGAAGACAGGUCUGCCUUGCACAAAUCAAAUGUGUUCUGAGGGAGAACUUGCAACGAAUAAGCUCAGUUCUCUGUUGAGAAAGCUUCAGUCAAGAAUAAACUCUACUUUUAACUUGUCAGAUCAGGAAGUUGAUAUCGGUAAAGUGUUGGAGGAUAUAAAACAUAUUGUGCAGGAAACACAGGAAGAGUUGCCUCAGCAUUCUGUAAGCUGUGUUAUCGAAGAAAAUUACUCUACAGAUGCUUCUUGUCAUAAAAGAGAUUGCUAUGAUGAUGUGGACAAGACUACCGAUAUAGGCAUUUCUUCUAAGCAAGAUGAUAUUUCAUGCGCUGAUGAUAAGCAGAACUUAGGUCAAGAGUUCAAAAAUGCUUUGUCAGAGAUUCAAGAUUUUGUUACAUCUGUUGGUAAAGAAUCCUCAGAACUACAAGAUAGGCAAUCUGGUGGUCCAAUACUAAGUGAGAAAAUCCAGCAGUUCUCUUCUUAUGUCAAUGAUGUACUACACAACGAAAAAAGCUUGAAUGAUUUGAUACUUAUUUUAUCCCAUAUUUUGUCCGAAGCCAGUGAGAUGGGCUUUAAAAUGACCUUUAAAAUGGGCAAUGAAUGGGAAAGCAAUAUUUCAGACUGCAUAGAUAAGGUAACAUUACUUGAAAACAGAGUGGCUCAGCAUGAACCAAGAAAUGAGAUUUUAUCAGGAAGGUCUAUCGCUCCGUCUCAUUCUUCCUCUCAUCCAGAUAUCGAGGGGCCUAUCAGUGACAGCUUUGAACAAAGGAGCACGACACAGAAGUUUUCAUUGAAGGAAUUUGAAGAGAUGAGGUUGGAGAAAAAAAACAUGCAAACGGAACUGUCUACUUGUACUGAAUUGUUGGAAGGGACAAAACUUCGUCUAGUCGAAGCAGAACAAAGUUUGGCAGAGCUUAAAUCUCAAUUGGCUGCUAGCCAAAAAUCAAACAGCUUGUCUGAAACACAGUUAAAGUGUAUGGCCGAGUCCUACAAGUUGCUGGAAUCACGCGAACAGCAGUUAGAAGCCAAAGUAAACAUUCUACGUACAGAAGUACAAACAUUGAACAAUGAACUUGGUGAGGAAAAGCGUAUUCAUCAGGAUGAUUUGACCAAAUUAAGAGAUCUUCAAGAGAAGAUCGAGAGGAAUGAAAAUUGUUCAAUGUGCUCAGAUGCUGACAAUGACAAGACAAAACAGGAGAAAGAGAUAGCAGCCGCUGCGGAGAAGCUUGCGGAGUGUCAAGAGACCAUACUUCUGCUUGGAAGGCAAUUGCAAACGUUGCGUCCACCAGCAGAACAAUCAGAUUCCUUUCCAAAUAACAGAAAUCACUUAAAUGACUAUUUCGAAGACGCACUGGACUCUACUGGCUUUAACACUCAAAGCAUGCAUAAUUCAAGGUACAUGGCAUCUGAGACAGAAAGUGCUGCUGCUUUUGUGACACCAAGAACCGGUGGUGAAUCCCCAUUGGAUGGAUACAGCUCCCAGAUUAGCCCAUCCGACAAUGAAGCAAGUCCAUUUCCCAGAUCACCUAUCAACUCAAAGCAUCAAAAGCAUAGGUCUUCCAGGUCAUCGUCUUCUACUUCUUUUCCUAAUGCCUUGCCCGAUAAGCAGGGUCGUGGUUUUAGCAGGUUUUUCUCCAAGACAAAAGGCGAUCACUAAUUUAUGCUUUUGAGAAAACUUUUCUUUUGAUGGAUAUUCUAAAAGAACUCUCCGCAGAUUGAUAAAUGAGUGCACAGUGGUUGAUCCACCAAUUAAUCUUCAAAGUUGAGCUCAUAACUUGUAGUUUUCAGCCUUUAGGCGGGUUACGCUUGUUUUUGGUGGUAAUUACCAAAUCUACUUGCAAUUGAGCCGCCCGCCUUCCUUGAAAGUUUGUUUGGAUUGCAACUUGGAGCAACAUCCAUGUCCUCCAUGAUGAUCAACAGUUAUAAUGGCAGUUGUGGGUUUACCAGACAAAAAAUUCUGUACAUUGUCGCGUGAAGACAACAUUUUCCUGUUACGGUAGUAAGCAUAUAGUAAACCAACUAUGUUCUUAGAACACCGAUUGAUGUAUAGUAAACUGGCAUAAAUUAUGUUUCUUUAAAGAUUCCAAGUUUGGUUUGUGAAUUCAAUCAACGUUUGAAAUCUCCA